AUGCCCUACACACCGUCUGGCUUUUUCUGCGACCGGCUCAUUCGGGAGCGUGAGCGGCGCGACGGCGAAGGAACAGUGAACAAGCCACUGCGUUUUAACGGACAGGACUUUGGCGCCCUGCGACGAGAGUAUACCCAGCGCGGGACCCUCUUUGAAGACGACUCCUUCCCGGCUAACAGCGAGUCGCUGGGAUUCAGAGAGCUCGGACACAAAUCCAACAAAGUCAGGAACAUCGUCUGGAAGAGGCCCAAAGAAAUUAGCGAGAAUCCACAAUUCAUUGUUGGAGGAGCCAGCCGUACCGACAUUUGCCAGGGAGAUCUCGGUGACUGUUGGCUCCUGGCCGCCAUCGCCUGCCUCACCCUCAAUGAAAAGCUCCUCUACCGGGUGGUUCCUCCAGAUCAGAGUUUCAUACAAGACUAUGCCGGAAUAUUCCACUUCCAGUUCUGGCGCUAUGGAGACUGGGUGGACGUGGUCAUCGACGACCGCAUCCCGACCUUUAACAACCAGCUGGUGUUUACAAAGUCGGCGGAGAGGAAUGAGUUCUGGAGUGCGCUGCUUGAGAAGGCCUAUGCAAAACUGCACGGCUCCUACGAAGCCCUGAAGGGUGGUAAUACAACCGAGGCCAUGGAGGACUUUACGGGUGGUGUGACCGAGUUCUACGAAAUGAGGGAGGCUCCCAGAGACCUCUACAAAAUCAUGAAGAAGGCUCUGGAGAGAGGCUCACUUAUGGGCUGCUCCAUUGAUUCCCUUGUCCCUGCUCGCUUCGAGACCCGGACCUCCACUGGCCUGGUGAAAGGCCACGCUUAUUCCGUGACAGCGGUGGAGGAGUGUCGGCCCUCGCAGCACAGAGACAACAAAGUGCGCCUGGUGCGUCUCAGGAACCCUUGGGGCCAGGUGGAGUGGAAUGGACCCUGGAGUGACAACUCCAAAGAGUGGGCUACACUUCCCAAGGCUGAGAAGGAGAAGCUACAGCACCACAGCGCAGAGGAUGGAGAGUUCUGGAUGUCCUUUGAGGACUUCAAGAAGAACUUCACCAAGAUCGAAAUAUGCAACCUCACACCCGAUGCCCUGGAAGAUGACAAGAUCCAUAAGUGGACCGUCUCUGUCAACGAAGGACGCUGGGUGCGAGGCUGCUCAGCCGGAGGCUGUAGAAAUUACCCUGAUACUUUCUGGACCAACCCUCAGUACCGCUUACGCUUGCUGGAGGAGGAUGAUGACCCCGAGGACAACGAGGUGGGCUGCACCUUCGUGGUGGCUCUGAUGCAGAAGAAUAGGCGGAAAGAGCGCAGGAUGGGCGCCAACUUGUUCACCAUCGGCUUUGCCAUUUACGAGGUCCCCAAGGAGAUGCACGGAAACAAGCAGCACAUGCCCAAAGACUUCUUCCUGGUCAGUUCAUCCAAAGCACGCUGCAAGUCCUACAUCAACCUGCGCGAGGUCACUCAGCGCUUUCGCCUGAGCCCCGGCGAGUACGUCAUCGUGCCGUCCACGUACGAGCCGCACCAAGAGGGCGAGUUCAUCCUCCGCGUCUUCUCGGAGAAGAGGAACACGUCAGAGGAGAUCGAGAACAGGAUCGAGGCCGACCAUCCAGUGCCAGCACCGGCCUCUGCGAAGGAGGCGAGCGAAGAGGACCGACAGUUCCGGACCAUUUUUCAGGAGAUUGCAGGAGAUGACAUGGAGAUCACCGCCAACGAACUGAGAAAAGUUCUCAACAUGAUCAUUGCCAAACACAAGAACUUGAAUACUGACAGCUUCAGCCUGGAGAGCUGCAGGAGCAUGAUAGCUCUGAUGGACAUGGAUGGGACGGGUCGCCUCAACCUUCAGGAGUUCCGCCACCUUUGGAAUAAGAUCAAACAAUGGCAGGGAAUAUUUAAGCACUACAACCCAGACCAGUCAGGCAGCAUCAACAGCUAUGAGAUGAGGAACGCCGUGAACGACGCAGGCUUUCGCCUCAACAACCAGCUGUACGACAUAAUCACCAUGCGCUACGCCAACGAGAGCAUGAACAUCGACUUCGACAGCUUCAUCAGCUGCCUGGUCCGCCUCGAGGCCAUGUUCAGGGCGUUUCAGGCCUUCGAUCAGGACGGAGAUGGUACAAUCCGACUCAGUGUACUGGAGUGGCUCCAGUUGACCAUGUAUGCCUAA